AUGAUGUGUUACCCUUUGGCCAACACGCUCGUCAACGUCUACGGAAAAUGCAGCGCCGCUUCUCAUGCUCUCAAGAUUUUCGACGAAAUGCCUCACAGAGACAACAUCGCUUGGGCCUCUGUUCUCACAGCUCUUAACCAAUCGAAUCUCUCCGUUGGGAACCCAAUGGCUGGUAGUACAGAGUUCAAGAUUGUAGAUCCUGAGACUAAUGAUGUUCUCCCUCCUGGUUCAAAGGGCAUUGUCAAAGUCAGAGGCCCACAGAUUAUGAAAGGUUAUUAUAAGGAGAUACAGGUUGUAUCGCUCCUCAUCACUCAACGGGAAGGAGUCGUCGAUGUGGAUGUCUCAUCGCCGUGCCAAGGAUACAUUGUACUCUCUACAGGUGAAAACGUUGAACCGUUGGAGAUUGAAGAAGCUGCCAUGAGAUGCAGAUUGAUUGAACAAAUCGUUGUUAUUGGACAGGAUCAACGUCGACUUGGAGCUAUCAUUAUCCCAAACAAAGAGGAAGCAUAGAAAGUAGAUUUUGAAUUAUCAAAUGUCAGUAAAGAAAAGCAGCUAAAGAGCUUAGUUACCCAAGAACUGAGGAAAUGGACAUCAGAAUGCUCGUUCAAGUCGGACAGGUCUUGAUUGUGGACGAGCUCUUCACGGUAAUUGUAUAUUUAACCCGUUCUUAUUAAUGUUUUGGCUUGUUUAGGACCCAAAACCUUUAUUAAGAAAACUGUUUUCUGAUACAACAUUGCCGAUAGACAAUGUCUUAAUGACACCAACGAUGAAGAUUAGACAGAACAAGGUUGUGGCUAAGUACAAAGACGAGAUUAAUCAACUUUACAAUUAACAACAUUUUCUUCUAGUAUAUGCCAAUGUAUAUAUUCUUACAAUUUUCUAAUUCCUAUAUAGAUUUUGAAACCCAUUAAAAAUUAACACCCAUUUAUUAGUAUACAAAUUAAU